CAGACAGCAUAUGAAGUCACCGUUAAAGAAAACGAGAUACCUGCUGAUCUCUUGACAGUGUUUGCUACAGACGAUGAUAUAGGCUACAAUGCCAUCAUAAACUAUGUGAUUCUGGAAACCUCAGUCUACCCCUUCUACAUUGGAGAGCUAACUGGGAGAAUAGGAAUUGUUUAUCCUCUGGAUUAUGAAAAGGGACCACAGUACACAUUUACAGUAAGAGCCUACAACCCUGGAACAGACCUGGAGGACACAGCUCUUGUUACAGUGAAAGUAGAAGAUGUCAAUGAAGAAGGCCCUGUGUUUGAUGAUCCUUUUUACAGUGUGUUCUUGAGAGAUAACAGUACUGCUGGCCAACUGGUUUUAGACAUUAACGCAACACAUGGGCACAAGGAAAAUGAUGCUGGCAUUUACUACAAUAUAUCAGAGGGUAAUGGUGAAGGCCUGUUUAGUCUUUCCUCCACAACUGGGAAACUCACUCUGACAAAAGACCUGACUCCAACUUCUGUAGUAAAGCAGUAUUCACUGACUGUCAUGGCCACAGACUAUGGAACUCCACAGCUCUCUUCCACUGCAAAGGUAACUGUAAUGAUAAUACCAAGAAACCUUGAGAUGCCAGUUUUCUCUGCAGAGCUAUAUAGCCCCCAGCCUUUGAGUGAGAAGACCCAGCCUGACACAGUAGUCAUGCAAGCACAUGUGUUCUACACUUCCACAGUGAUGUACAGCAUUCAGUCUGGCAAUGACAAUGAUUACUUCACUAUGGACACUUUCAGUGGUGUAAUCAAGACAAAGCAAGCCCUUGACGUGUCUCAUUUCCCAGCCAUACUGAUUAUUAGAGCUACACACUCUAACCAGUCUUUGGUCUACGGUGAGGCAAAAGUUAACAUAACUGUGGUGGAUGAAAAUGACUUUCCUCCAGUUUUCCCCAAUUCUUCUGUCACAGUGUUCGUGAAAGAGAAUGAGAAUGCUUCACUCCAGGUUCUCAGGCUGAAUGCCACUGACGAAGACAUUGGUCAGAAUGGGGAGCUGCGGUAUGCUAUUCUCAGUGGCGAUGAAGACUAUUUCAGGAUAGAUGCCCUCACCGGAGCUCUUCAUACUAAAGUGUCUUUUGACUUUGAGAGCGACCCUGUCCAGUAUCAGAUUGUUGUCUAUGCAGAAGACAAUGGCAUUCCAGAGAAAAAGCGAGGAUACUGCACUGUGUUCAUCUCUAUCACCGACAUCAAUGACAAUCCCCCUGUGUUUGACUCUGUGCCGCUCAUGACUGUGAGAGAAAAUACCAAAGCAGGGAUUUACAUUGGGAGGGUUAGAGCCACCGACAAAGACACAGGGGACAACGCCUUCAUUGCAUAUAACAUCACAGAGGGUGGAGAGGAUUUUUCUGUUGAUGACUAUGGGAACAUUACAGUGAAACGUUCUCCAGACUAUGAGGACAAAAUAGAAAUCAUCAUAACAGUGACUGCAACAAACAAUAAGACAGUUCCUUUUUAUGAGACUAAAACAGAGGUCAGAAUUUCAGUGCUGGAUGAGAAUGACAAUCCUCCAUUGUUCACGAAAAACAAUUACACUGCCAGGGUGAACCUGACAUCUCCUGCGGGGACACUGGUCACUUCAGUUGCUGCUACUGACCAAGAUACGGGAAACAAUGCUGUGGUAGAGUAUUACUUGCUUGAUCAUGAGCCAGAAAGUAAGUAUUUUAUAAUAGAGGACAUGCUCAAAGGAACCAUCAUGACAAUAAGGAGUCUGCCUCACCCUGGCAUCUACGAGCUCUCUGUGGAAGCCAGAGACCGCGGAUAUCCUGCAAGGAACAGCAGUGCCCGUGUGACUGUGGCAGUCAUUGACAACAGCCCAUUUCAGCCCCACUUCAACCAGUCUGAGAUCAGUGUUGAUGUUGAAGAAAACACAGGAACUGAGUUCCUAGUGUACACGUUUUCUGUGCUGGAUACCCCCAAUGCUCAUGUUUCUUACACAAUCAGAAGUGGAAAUGAGCUUGAUCAUUUCCAGUUGAAUCCAAACACUGGUGCACUGUAUACCAGUGUCAAUCUGGACUUUGAGAACUUUUCAAAGUACUUCAUUACUGUGGAAGCCAUAGGUCCUCUCUCUCAUGCUGUGCGAGAUGGUAAAAAUAUUGCAAGACUGACCAUUUUGGUUAAAGAUGUGAAUGAGGUUCCGAAAUUCAGCCAGGAGAGCUACUCUGCAAGCAUCUUCAACAUAGCACCAUACAAGUCACCAGUGGUACAAGUGAGGGCUUUUGAUCAAGACAGUGGAGUCAAUGGACUUCUAGAAUACAGUCUGACAGACAGUCAAAGUCAGGAGUUUGACGUUGAUGGAUCAACGGGGGAGAUUUAUGUGGUCUCUGUAGAGGGCAAAACUGGAGAGUCUGCUUUCAAAGUGCAGGCCAAAGACCAAAAUGGCAAGGGGCUGGCCGCUGUAACAACUGUAAAAGUAACUCUGGUUAGCAGCUCAAGCGAUGAUGUUGUGGUUAUUUCCAUCAAUCAAGCUGUCAACAACGUGGAAAAGAAGAAAUAUGAAGUGAAAAAGGCCCUUGAAAAGGCGUUAGGAUGGGAUGUACACAUAAUCAGCAUAAAUGGCAUCAGCUCGAAAAUGAGAUUGGCAAAAAGCAAUGAGGAGACCUUCUUUACUUUCCUAGCCACUGACAAUGACAAAAUAAUGCCUUCAGAGGAGGUGAAAAGCAAAUUGGAAAGCUCAGAGGACCGUAUCCAAGCAGACUUAGAAGUGGUGUUUGGUGAAGACGUAGUUCAUACAGUGAAAGACCAAUUUGAAGAUUUUGCUUUAUCGUCUGACCAAACAUCAGUCAUUGUUCUGAGUGUGCUUUUGGCUCUGACUAUAAGUGGCUUUGUUGCAUUUCUGGUUGUAACCUUACUAAGGAACAGAAAAUUAAAAAAGGAAUCUGAUCCAUAUAAGGAUACCCUUAGUUUUGGCAUCUCUUACCCCAAUGUGUUUCAACAAACAGAACAUCAAGAAAACAUGAAAAACACCGAAGAGCAAAUGUAAUGUGUGAAACAGGACAAUGAGUCAAAGAAGGAUUACAUCAGCCUCAAAAUGAUCUCCAAUGAAGACAUG